AUGUAUACUCUUCUUGGGGGCUUUCGACUGAUGAAGGGGUUCGGAAGCUUGCUUGUGGAGAGGUUUCUUGUAUUGGGGAUGCAGUGGGGUAUGCUAUAUAAGCUUGAUUCUCCUGAGCUCGGCGACGAUGAUUGCAAGCUUAGUGAAUCCAGUGAGGAUUCCUCCAAUAUAGAAGUGUCUGCUUUCCUUGUCACAAUAAACGGUGUCUGGGUUGACAUCUUUGGUGUGAGGACUUUGUCAAAGUUCUAUGAGUGCUGCAAUGUAUUCUUGAGGGAAGUGGAUUGGUCUUCCAUUGUCAAUAUCAACGGUAUUCUUGGUUUAUUGGUGAAGCAAAGCCCCAAAAAGGGGAAUCCAAUUCUUCUGUUGAAGUUGAAGAAGUAA